UGCAGCUGAUCGCCACUGUGGGAGCAGAGGUCUGGACCAAAGAACUGUCUCAACCCAAAUCACAUCAGAUGGAGGUGGAUGCAGACGAUAAGCGCCAUCGCACACGCUCAAAAGUGCCUGUGGAUCCUGCAUUAACGGAGCUUUUCAGUGUGUACGGCUGCCCCGUGGCCAAGAAGAGGAAGAGUCUCGACCACCAAAGUGUGGAGAGCUCCCCCAAGAGGAGCAGCUACCUAGAUGACAUGGACAACUCCACGAUGGAGGAGUGCUACGACACAGAUGGCACGGAGGAGAUGGACGAGCGGGAAGAGGAGGAGGAGGGUGCGCUAGAGGAGGGCGAGGUGGAGGAGGGAUACAUGGACUAUAAUGAGGCAGAGGAAAGAGGGGAGCCUGAGGAAGAAGAGGAGGAGGAAGAGCGAGGAGACCCUGAUGAAGAGGAGGAGGAACGAGGAGAGCCCGAGGAAGAGGAGGAGGUGGAGCAGGAGGACGAAGAGGAGCAUGUGGAGGAGGAGGAGGAGGACGCUGUGGAGGAAGUGGACUAUGAUGACGAGGAUGAAGGAGAGCAUAGUCAGGAGCGCGAGGACGAUCAGAUGAGCAGCAGUGAAGGAGGUCAAGGCGCUGGUGAAAGUGGCAGUGACAAUACCAAGCCUGGCCAGGUGGGGGAGAAGGAUGACAACAACAACGAUGAGUACGAGAACUAUGAUGAGCUGGUGGCCAAGUCUUUACUGAACCUGGGCAAAAUCGCAGAAGAUGCUGCCAAUCGAGCCAUGACAGAGUCUGAAAUGAACAGCAACUCAUCACACAGUGCUGAGGAAGAAGAGGAGGAGGAUGACGAGGAUGAGGAAGAUGAUGAUGAAGAAGAAGAGGAGGAAGAAGAGGAAGAAGAAGAAGAGGAUGAGGAGGAAGAGGAGGAUGAGGAGGAUGAGGAAGAUGAGGAGGAAAUGGAUGAGACGCAGAGAGGAGAACUGAGUCUGGACAUGGACAGCGAUGUGGUCCGUGAAACGGUAGACUCUCUCAAACUGUUGGCGCAAGGUCAUGGGGCUGUUCUGUCUGACAAUAUGGAUGAACAGUAUGAGGACUGUACAGCAGACACCCAGGGCAACAGUGGCUGUCCCCAAAAUGGGCUGAAUGCCCAUACUGGGCAGAUAAAGACCAGUAACGGACUGGACAACAGUGAUGAGGAGGUGUGUCUGAGCAGUCUGGAGUGCCUAAGGAACCAGUGCUUUGACCUGGCUCGCAAACUCAGCGAAACAAAGACUGCUGAUCGAAACGGGUCAUCCCAGCAAAACCAUUUCUCAUGUGAGGAUGCUAACCAACAGUCCCAUCACCAAGGAUACGCAAACUACCACCACAACCCAGAAGACAGGCACCGGACACUUGAUAGGAACUAUUCAGACAUGGACAAUCUUAUGAAGCUGGAGGAGCAGCUGAGCCCGCGCUCAAAGACUUUUGCCAGUUGUGCACAGGAGGAGCGCUAUCACCCAAACCACCGAGACUUUGAUGAGGACACUGCCUCGGUGACCUCAGACCGAUCUGAGGAGGUCUUUGACAUGACUAAAGGGAACCUGUCUCUUUUGGAGAAGGCAAUUGCACUAGAGUCGGAACGUGCCAAGGCAAUGCGGGAUAAAAUGGCAGCUGAGGCUGCAAGAAGAGAAGGAGUGAGGUACAGCCAUGAAGACCACGGCCCGCGGCACGGAUACGGUGUGGAGCGCAAAGCACGGCUUCCUGACGGCAUAAAGAAGCCAUUUUACCAUAAAGAUGUAUCCCGGGCAGACAAAAAGGAGAGUCGGUGUCCCACGCCAGGCUGUGAUGGCACGGGUCAUGUGACUGGCCUGUACCCCCACCAUCGGAGUCUGUCAGGCUGUCCGCACAAAGACAGGGUCCCUCCUGAAAUUGUGGCUAUGUAUGAGAAUGUUCUUAAGUGUCCUACGCCUGGCUGCACGGGACGUGGCCAUGUCAAUAGCAACAGAAAUUCCCAUCGAAGUCUGUCAGGAUGUCCCAUUGCUGCAGCUGAAAAACUGGCCAAAGCCCAGGAGAAGCACCAGGGCUGUGAUGGCUCCAAGUCAAACCAGGCCUCUGACCGUGUCCUAAGCACGCCACGCUCCAAUUUGGCCAAGGAGCUGGAGAAAUACUCCAAGACCAGCUUUGACUACAGCGCCUUCGAUGGGAGCAACAGCCACCAGGUGUAUGGGAAACGGGCCAUCGCACCCAAAGUUCAUGGACAUAGGGAUACCUCCCCCAAAGGAUAUGAUGCCAAACGUUACUGCAAAAACUCCAGCUCUGCGAGUAGCACCACCAGCACAUACGGCCCCAGCAGCAGCAGCAGCAGCCUCAGCUGUGGAGGACCUGCAGGGGGUGCCGGUGGGGGAGGGGGGAGCAGUGCCAGCAGUACCUGCAGCAAGAGCAGCUUUGACUACAGUCACGAUAUGGAGGCUGCACACAUGGCUGCCACUGCUAUCCUCAACCUGUCCACACGCUGCAGAGAGAUGCCACACGGCAUGGGGGGCAAGCCUCCAGACCUGUGCUCACAAAGCCCCAGCCUAGAUGUUGAUGAGAACGGUACGUUGGACCUGAGUAUGAGCAAGCAUCUGUGCGCUGGUGCUGAUGGGGACUCGGUGCUCACCCCUCUAGAGCCCAUGUCCCCCCAGCGGCAGGCUGCCCUGCUGGGCUCACGCUGCUACAGCAUGGGGGACCCUGCCGACUGCUGGGACCUGCCUGUAGACUACACCAAGAUCAAACACAUAGACGAGGACGAUAAAGAGCCUGACGACCUGGACCCUUUCCAUGACCUUCUGGACGAUAGCUCCUUCACUACAGAUGUUAAUAUGCCCAGCCCCAAGCCCAAGUACGCCCAGUGCAAGGAGAGCAAGAAGGACCUGAUAACUCUCUCAGGUUGUCCUUUAGCCGAUAAAAGCAUUCGAAGUAUGCUGGCCAACAACGCACAAGAGCUCAAGUGCCCGACACCAGGGUGCGAUGGUUCGGGACAUAUCACUGGCAACUACGCAUCUCACAGAAGUCUCUCAGGGUGUCCACGGGCCAGAAAAAGUGGGAUAAAGAUCAUCCACAGCAAAGAGAACAAGGAGGACCAGGAGCCUAUCAGGUGUCCAGUCCCUGGAUGUGAUGGGCAGGGCCAUGUAACAGGGAAGUAUGCAUCCCACAGGAGUGCGUCGGGGUGUCCCAUAGCAGCCAAGCGGCAGAAAGAUGGUUACUUAAAUGGGAUUCAGUUCACAUGGAAAUCUGGCAAGACAGAGGGUAUGUCGUGUCCCACUCCAGGCUGUGAUGGCUCGGGGCAUGUCAGCGGCAGCUUCCUCACGCAUCGUAGUUUGUCAGGUUGUCCACGUGCUACAUCUGCCAUGAGGAAAGCCAGGCUUUCUGGAGUGGAAAUGCUUACCAUAAAACAACAGCGCAUCAGCAACGGGCUGGAGCAUGAAGAUGAGAUUAAACAGCUGGAUGAAGAAAUCAAAGAUUUAAGUGAAUCAAAUUCACAAGUGGAGACAGAUAUGAUUAAACUCCGAACACAGGUAAUCACUACAAUGGAGUCAAACCUGAAGUGCAUAGAGGAGGAAAACAAGGUGAUUGAACAGCAAAAUGAAUCUCUCCUGCAUGAGCUGGCCAACCUCAGCCAGUCACUGAUUAACAGUUUAGCUAAUGUCCAGCUCCCUCAUAUGAAACCACUGGCGCACAAAGAGCCUCCUUUAAGGCCUAGCUGUCUACAGAUGCAGCAGGAGGCACUAACAGAGCAGAACUUUGAUGCAUAUGUGACCACACUAACAGACAUGUACGCAAACCAAGAUCAGUACCAUACUCCAGAAAACAAAGUCCUGUUGGAAAAUAUCAAACAAGCUGUUCAAGGGAUCCAAGUCUAACCGUGUGCAGAGACACUUAUCCUCCUGCAGGGGGCAGCUGCUCUCAAAUCCACAGACAUCAAGGCAGUUUGAUCCUUCAUUCGGUGCGGUAACUUCUACAGUGUUAUAUAUUUACUAUUAUUUAAAAAAAAGAGGUAUUAUGCUUAAAAACGCCUCAAUAUUGUUUGUUUUUUUUUCUUUUGGGUCUUGCUUUAAGGAAGAACAUUAAAAAAUCAACUGCAAAAUAGUUUUUGAAGACAUUCACAUUUUGUACGUUUUCAUAUGAGCUGACAUAGUGUCAUGUAAUGUUUAUAGCUGCUCAUGUAUGCACAUUUUUAGUGUAUAUUUCUGAACAGGAAGCUAAUGAUAUUGGAACGCAAGUUCUUUUUAUUGCUUAACAACAAGCAUUUUAGAUCAAAAAAGUUGAAAGUGAAUAAAAAAAACUAAAGCAGGAGGAAGCAUUUUAGUUUCUCCUCAUGGAUGAUUUUGACUUUUAGGUGUUUUCCUUCUUGCUUGUAGAUUGUUUAAAGCAAGAACUGAUUUGCCAAUCUUCUUUUCCGACAAUGCUUGAGAAAUGUUUGUGUUUUGUUUUGAUAAAAGAAGUGUAGCUAGGUGGGGGCUUUUUAACAGGUGCUGUAGAUGAUUCUGAAGAGGAAACUGACCUGAUGUUUGUAUGAAUGUAUGUGAACAGUGCUAUUGUAAACAUCAUUACACGGAAACCCGAUGGUGGCAAUCCCAGUAUCUCGGAGAGAGUCACAUGGUGCAUGCAUGAACACAUGCUCUUUCUGAUCUCAAACUGAAAAAUGUGUAAAGACAAUGACCUUUAGAGACACGUUUUAGUCUUUAGUGAGAAAUCUGCUCUAUUUCGAGUCCCAUGAGGAUCAAGACAUGUCUCAGCAAUAUUAUAAUAAUGAAUCAUUUGUUUAUUGUAGGUACGGGAUGCAAUCCACAAAGAAAAAUGGAUGGGUAUAUGCAAUUUCAUGUUUAUAAGCAUAGUGGGGUUAUGUGAAUCUUUUUAAUAUAACCUAUGUAAAUUAUUGAUUUUUAUACAAAUCUUUUAAUACAAAAAGUCUUUUUAAAAAAAGAGAGGAGCAAACCUGGACACUGAGUUUAAAAGCAAAAAUCUAUGAGUUCCCCUUUUUUCUGUACGAUUUUGCACAGGGACACCUUCGUUUCCAUGUUUUGAUGUUGUUACAGAAACUUGCCGCAGUACCCGAGGGUUUUGUAAAGAGUAUUUAUAAAGUAUGACAGCGGGACUUACAGGGUCACUGUCCCCACUUAUGUGCCAGUAGACUAUUUGCACUUGUCCUUGAAGAUAUUAUCCUUAUGUACGGCGGUGUGCAAUUUUCCAUGUGACCUCUUUGGCACACGAUUGGAGCAACCCACUGCUUGGAGCCACUUUAGGUGUGGAAUUAGUACCACUGAGAGAAACAGGGACUUUGAAUCAGAGAGUAGGAUGUUUAUAUCCAUAGCACCUAUACUGUAGGCUAUAAUCGAGUGUAAAAACAUUCAUUCUUGCUAUGUUUUAGGAAGAUAAAGUUAUCCCCCAGCAGCACUUUAUAUCUAAUCACUGUACAAAGGAUUAAAUAGUCAAUCAAUUCAAGGUUUUUUAAAAAUCUGAAUUAAACUAGGGCUCUCUUCCCUGAUGCAGGAGAAGUGAGUCCUUAUAGGGGUUAUACAAUCCAGCAUCAUGCCUGUAUGCCUGACUGUAUGCACCCCUUCAUCCUGUCGUAGUUGUUAGACGUCAUCUCCAAAAUUUGCCUUUUUGAGAGCUAAAGCAAAAGGUGCUUGUCUUUCACCUGACUCAAUCUCAUCUAUUGUACUUUACUGUCCUCUUUCAGGACUCAAAUACCCACCAUUCAUUGACUGCAUAUGCCUUUUCCACUGCAUUGUGUCUGCAGCUUCUGCCAGUAUAGUAAUGCUUCAGUAGAGUAAUAGCUAGUACCAGUUUUUGAAUUAAUUCUCAUUGUCAAUGAAAUGGAAAAGGGAUUAUAAAGCACAAACUGGCUGCUCAUCUAAUGUUGGUACAUAAAUAACAAUCCUAAAAGAGUUAUCUGUGACUAUCUAUAGGGAAUACAAAAGGUCGUCACUUAUUUAGAAUGCUGACUUUUCAAAUAAUUGUGAAUUUAUCCAUCAGAGUUUAAUAUUUUAUUUGAGCCAACUGAUUUGGAGGUUGAUUUCAGUGACCAUAACAAGGACAGGAUUUUGUAUAAACUAUUGUGCUCUGUGGAACUGAGGUUUGAUUUAUUUUUGUACUACACAGCAUGGAUUUGUUGACAUUUUAAUUUUGCUAUAAAUGUGUGAGAUCACAAGUUGCUGUGAUAUUUCAUUUAUAAAUUGUGAACUUUGUACAAUUUUGUCAUGCUGGAUGUUGACACAUCUUACUCUAAAUAAAGGAAAAUGUGUUGCCAGAGACCUG